GAGGGGUACCCCCAGGCCCCAGCCGUCAGAGCGCCCCUAGCGGCCUGACAGUGCAAUACCCGUGCAAUAGCACAAAAUUCCAUUCGAGCACCGUCAGGCCUCAGACAGAAUAUUCAUCUAUUGAAUUAAUUUUUUGACACCGGCCAAAAUAGUUUUUGAUCGACCAAUCGACCAUCGCCAACGAAAAUCGUGGCACAAUUGAACAAAGCAAACGAUCCAGCUGUGACAGUCAAGCCGGCAGUCAUUCAACGGAUCGUAAUGGAAAAUCCCCCAUAUCCUCAAGGGUAACCGACAGGAAUAUAUUUCAAUUGCCUUGGAAAUACUGUGUGAUAGAAAAUUGCCGUUGAUUCCUGAGUUCGUGGAUGCAGUUAUAAAACAAACACCAGUUUCUUCGGCGUCUGUGAAUCACCUUGUGAGUCUCUAUGAACGAUGUCAAUCCGUCGAUUCUUAUUAUAAGAUGUCACUAUUCUCAUUUUACAAAGUCACGGCAGUUCUCGUUGAUCAUUGGGAACCACCCUUGAAUAAAGGGGAAUUUAUUUGCAGUGUAGUCGAGUUAGUAUUUUCAAACUACCCGGAAUCCUAUGACAUCCUCUCUCCAACUGCCCGGCCGUCAUAUGAGGUGCUGUGCUUCUUAUUUGGCAAAGCAUGUGAUCAAUUAAGACUUGAACGAUUGUGUCGUUUAUUUUAUGGGAUUGAGCCACCUGUCAUUGCACUACUAGGACCAGAGAAACGUCAUGAAAUACUCAAUAGGUUAAGGAACUUUGGUUUGGUGCACUGGUACGACAGAUACGCGGGGAUUCGCCGCCCUGUGGAGGGCGAGAUUCGUGCGAUGCCUAAUUCGUUUCGACCAACGUAAAGAAAUAACUACUAGGUCCACUAUAAAUUAAAGAACUCGUUUUGAUGACUUUUGUAUGUCUUAGGCAAUCGCAGCCAAAUAAAUUUGAAAUUGAAAUCCACCGUGACUCUUUUAUUUCUUUUCAACAAAGACAUCGCUAGAGUCAUUUAGUGUAGGUAACACCAACUUGGGUGCAUGAUUUCGUUUGUCCACGGUCAAGGUCAUGGGCUCAUGGCAGGUGAUACCAGCAGAUUGGAUUCAAAAAUCGAAAUGUGCGGGCAAAUCAGGGAUCAGCCGAAGGCGACGAGCCGACGACAUAAAUAAGAAAUAAUUGACAGUCGUAUUUAUUAUUAUUUAGCUUGUGGCCUUUGUGGAUUCGUUCUGUUGUGGCUCAGAUGUGAGAUUAUAGUCAGAGUAGUGUGUCAUUAGAUUUUAGUGUCAUUUCAGAUUCUAGUCAGAGAAGUGUGUCGUUAUAUUUUACAUUUCCAAACUACUCGUGCCGUACAGUUAAACAUACUCAUCGGAUACUCAUCGUCAUCGGAAGCCAUAUUAAGGCUAUAAUUGCAAUCAUGCUGAAAUCAUUGAAAUGUGUAGUUCAGUGUUUAGAACACUCUGUUUCUCCAGACAAGAAUGUAUUAGCUGAAGCCCAACUGAAGUUGGAAAAGUGUGCGAAGAAAAAUAUGGGUCAAUUUAUUACCAAUUUGUCCAUUGUAAUUGAAGAUCAAAAAAGUUUACCUGAAGUUCGUCAAGCGGCUUCCCUACAGCUGAAAACUUGUUUAACUGUUAAAGAUGCGAAACUGAAUGAACAGUAUCAUGAAGGGUGGACCAAUCUCCCAAAAGAAACUCGCAAUGCCGUGCGUGAUCGUUUGAUUUCGACCUUGGGAACCGAAAACACUCAGAAUCCAAGUUGUGCCGCACAAUGUUUGGCUUACAUCAUGGCAGCUGGAUUCUUUCCGGAGACGCAGGCUUCGUCUGGGAUGGCUUCGCUGGAGUGUUUCCUUUCUGAAGUUUCAGACAUGGUAAGGCAGCCAGCUAAGGAACAUCGUAUAGAGGCGGCCUUCGAAUCCAUCGCCUUUAUCUGUCAAGAAAUUAGCGAGCAAAAUUUGGUCUAUUUUAACCGGUCAAUCCUCGAUCCCAUACUAUUUUGUAUGACGGGCACGAACAGAACGAUGACACGGUCACGGAGCAUAUUAAGUAUAACUGGAAGAAUUCGUCUGGCAGCUGCUCGCGCUCUACUAAGUUCUCUUAAAUGCAUUGACAAAACAUUUGACACUGAGGAAGCUCGAAAGGCGAUCAUGAAAGUUGUCUGCGACGCUGCGCAAUCGUCUGUUGUUGAAGAAUCUGUGAUUGCUUUAGAAAUAUUGGUAAAGAUUAGCUCGCGUUACUAUCACCACAUCAAGAUUGAAAUGGAAUCAAACAUCGUUCCAAUUACAUUGAAGGCAAUGGCAUCGCCUGUCUCGGAUAUUGCCUUACAAGGAUUGGAAUUUUGGCGUUUUGUUGCGGAGAAAGAGUAUAGAAAUUUGAAAUCAGGUGACUCCAUUUUCGCAGAUAUGGUGCCAUCGUCCCGAUAUGAAAACAACGUCUUACACAAGAUACUUCCUUCAUUUCUUACGCAACUUAUUAACGGACUAGUCGUACACUUGGAAGAUGAUGACCAUCGAGUGGCCGCAGCAGCGUGCAAAACUCUUUCAUCACUAGCCAUAGUUAUUUACGAACUAACAUCCAAAGAGAAAGAAGGUCGUCCUCGACUAGUUACGACAUCUUGGCCAUCAAGCAACUACGAGAAGACCGUUAACAAACUUUUGCAAUGCUGCGGAAAUUUUCAAGAACAUCAGAAAUGUGCUGCUCAAGAAGCGCUAGGAAACGUGCUAAGUAGUUCCCCUGUUGACUGUUACUUAAUUGUCAGAAGUACUAUCCAGAAAUUGAUGGGAAAGCUUCGUGAUGGGGAUACGGCUGAAGCGGAGGAAUUCCCGUUUUCUAUGCUUUUUAGAGCCAUUAAGAAUAACAUCUAUAACGGCUUGCAGAAGUACAAAAAAUUCAUUCCAGAUCUGAUGUCACUUUUACAAUCGGGGGAUCCUUCAGGGGUGGUAAAGCUUAAAGUAGACGUUUUUGAGGCCAUUUCAAUUAUCAUCUUAGAUAAUUGUUUAAAUGAUAGUGAACUAAAAGUUCACAUUCCGGCGCUGAUAAAUUAUUUCAAUUUGGCGGUGGAAUCACGUGACCCUUGCCCUGUGGAAGUGAGAGUGAUAGGUAGUCUAUUCAACCUUCGAGUGAGAGAGUCUCUACAAUACUUGGAUGGCUGUUGCCUGACAUUUUUUGCCAUCCUAGCACGGAAUGAAAUUAACACAAAAUUACGGUCAAACUGCCUUGCUACUUUAGAAACAAUGGCUUGCUCUGUAGGCCAGCAGAAUUUUUUGCCGUAUAUUGCUCGUACGUUAAAUCAACUUGAGCACGCUUCAAGUAUUACCGUAAAAAAUGAUCCCGAACAUGAGGAGCUUCAAAAAAUCAUGUUGAAACUCUACCGUCUUCUUUUUAAUUUCACCUAUGAAGAGUCAAGAACGUCUAGCGAAAAUAUAAACCAAGAGAUGAUUUCUCAAAGUCUUUCCCUGAUGGAGGAAUGCCUCGCUGGUUUUUCAGAUUUAAUGGUGGCCAUCGUCGACGAAGAUACCUCUGCUGAUGAUAUCAUAAUCGAAAGUGCCGAACUCGUUGGCAAGAUAUUCUGCAAACUGGGCACUGACAAAGCUAUGGAACACCUGAAAUUCAACUUGAAUCUCAAGUGGCUCUUAAGUUCUGCCAUCCCACCUAGUAGACAUUAUCUAGCAAGAGGAGCAUACGUACCACCAAUCUGCAGAUCCGAAGAAGUGGUGGAAGGAGUAGUGGCAGAAAACACCAGCCAGGCGGGAGCAUCCAAGAGAAUUAGGCCAACAAUCAACCCGUUGUCAUCAGGCAAGACAAAACCAACUAGCAGCAAGGCCAGUGACCAGCAGCAGAAAGAGUUGGAGAAAGCUGAGGAAUAA